UUAUGUCAUAGUGGCCUCAGCUACCCUGGCCAGCAGCACCCCUUCUGGACACCACAGAAGCUUUCUGUGCCCAUGGGGCCCUCUCAUCUCCGUGGCCCUCGGCUUCGGGGCCUGAGUUCACCAUACCGCAGGUCAAGUAUGGGUUGCCCCCGGCCCCGGUUUCGCAAGAUGUUCAAGUGCAGCCGCAGAAGGUACCAGCAGAAACUUCAAGGUCCAACUGCUACCAAUCUUGCCAAAACCACUGUGGGGAUCGUCUCAUCUCGAGUUCUCAGGCUCCUCCUACAACUUGGGAGCUCUCUCAUCCUCUAGAAUGCCCAGAAGCUUGGCCUACUCUGGACCCACGUCUCCAAAGGGCUGGGGAUAGUAAACAACAAGUAAAACCAUUCUGCUCAAACUGCCUUACUCUGUACUGUGGUGUUUCCAGCCAGCUAUGUGGGGUAUGAGGGCAGGUUUGCAGCUGAAUAUUCCCAGGAACAGGCUUCAGUAACGUCAGCAGGCAUUACACUCGGUUACUGAAAGGACAGGACAAGAUCAGCAACACACACCCAUCUUUGUCCUCUCUCUUGAUCUGCCCUGUGAAGCAGAGGUCUUUCCUGUCUAAUACUCCCAUCUACACAGGCUGAAGGGUUU